CCGCUAUACUCUCGUCCUUCUUCUUCUUCUUCGUAUGUAAAAUCCUCUUCAAUCAAAAGAAACCCUAAAAGCAUUGUGUGUAAAACAUCGAUAAUUUCAUACUUGAAGUUCCUAAAAUCUUCAUCGAUCAAAACAAACCCUAAAACCUCGCCUGAUACCCACCUCAACUACCUCCAACCCACACCGACUUUCCCGUUGUUUUUCUUCAUAAUCAUCCCCUUCUUAGGUAUGGCUUCAUGUUCGGAAGAGAAAUAGGACCUCUAGAACUAUCCGAACCAAUCUCAUCGAACCCAGAUUUUUCAAGGUCCGAGUGGGUUACCAGUUCUGAAUCACAGUACUGGACCACCUAUGCUUCCUGGAUCUGGUCCCGGUCCCGCUCCUUCAGCUCCUGGUUCUUCCAAUUCCGUUCAUGGAACUAAUCUUCCCUCUGCUUCUUCCCCUCUUAAUCCAGCUGUCAGGGAGGGAAGAUACGGGAUCCCUAGAGCGGGGUCGUUAUCGGUACAAUCAAAUGUUGUCUGCAAGAAACGCAAAUCAUUCGAGUUUGCCUCCAAAACCCCCCAUCUUUGACCCUUUGGAUUCAUCAUCUACUCUAUUUGUGGCUUCUUUCUUCCCCACUUCAUUCUCACAUCUUCUGGUUGUGGAUCACUAA